CAAAAGUAGCUCAUGGUUCAUGGAAUCACACAAGAAACAACAAAAUUUAAGUAACCGAAAAGACAAAACAUUUCAAUCUAACAAAAAAAUACAAAUUGUAUUGAAAUUUAUUAUUUACUUAAAAAGUAUAGCAAUAGAUGAAAUUAUUUGUUCCUACAAUUUCUUAAGCUAAAUAGAAAAAUGCCCAAGCUUGAUCUAAAGCCAUCGCUUAGCGAGAAAACGGCAACAGUUAAAUGUGAAAAUCGCAAAGAAACUUUCAGCAAAAUGAAAACUUUCUUCGAUGAUCAAAGAUUUUGCGAUGUGGACUUGAUAGCUGGUUUGGAUAAUUUCCGUAUUUCAGCUCAUCGAAUAAUACUGUUAGCGGCAAGUGAAUACUUCCUUGAGGUUUUGCAAGAUCCCGAAGUCACCGACUUCGUCAUUGCUGGUGUAAACGGCGAAACAUUAAAAAUCUUACUGAACUUUAUAUACACAACGACAAUCGAAAUUUCUAGUGAGACUAUCCACGAUAUUAUGAAUGCAUCAAGUUUUCUAAAGCUAAGCAAUAUCGAAGCAGAGUGCUCCCAGUAUCUGUCAGAAUCAAUAGAAUUAUCAAAUUGCUUGUCCUUGGCUGCCACUUGCAAGAAAAACAAUUAUAAUAAACUCUUUGAAAGGGCUAUAAUGUACGCAGCCCGAAAUUUUGUUCAUAUAAUUGAGGAAGAAGAAUUUUUGGAAUUGGAUGUAGAAUAUUUAAGACAACUCUUGAAGAGAGAUGAUCUGUGUGUAAGGUCGGAGGAGGAAGUGUUUCAUGGCAUAAUGCGUUGGAUUGCACAUGACAAGCCGGGCCGGGAAUGCCAUUGCCUUAAGUUGUUAUCGCAUUUACGCUUUCCACUUCUGACCCCUGAGUUUAUUGUGACAGAAGUUAGUGAUGCCCUCCCGGCCCCUGAGUGUCAAGCUGUUAUAAUGAAGGCAUUGAAGUGGCAUAUGUCACCAGCAAACCGAUCAUCACUCUUUGAGGAAGCUCUCUGCAAACCGAGGAACCAAAGGGGCGAAGUGAUUCUACUUAAGGGAGGUACUGAAGAAGAAGUACCUCUUAUUGCCGAUGUUCUCGAUCUUAUAACCGGCAAUUGGCAUAGCCAGGAAUGGCCUAUCAACGAAGUAUGCGGUUGGUAUACCAAUGGCAUUCAUAUAGAGGGAAAAGUUUUCUUAGCAUGCACUGUAGAUGUAAAUAAUACAGAGGUGAGCUGCGUUCAAUGCUUCAAUUUGACAACGAAGGAGUGGAGUAAUCUCCCGAAAAUGACAAAGCGCCGCUUUUCAUUUGGAAUGGUUGAGUUAAAUGGCCAUCUGUAUGCUGUUGGAGGUCACAAUGGCUCCAUUAACCUGUGUUCCGUUGAGAGGUUGGAUCUCAAUUCUUUGACAAAAUGGCAGGAGGUUACCCCGAUGCUAAUGGAACGGAGUCAGCCAGGCGUGGUUGCUUUCAAUGGGCUGUUGUACGCCUUCGGGAGCAACAGUGACUUCGAGCACACAACAUUUGAGUUCUACGAUCCGCAGACCAAUACAUGGGCUGAACUUACCCCACCUUCAGAGGCACGCAUUGGAGUGGGAUUAUGCGUGGUUAAAGGAUUGCUGUAUGCAGUCGGCGGCUUUACUAACAAUGGUAUUUGUACGAUGGUUGAACGAUAUGAUUUUCAAACCGAUUCUUGGACAGAGAUUUCACCUUCGGGAUUGUAUCAACAAUAUAUUCAGUGUAUUUCAUGGAAGAAUCGAUUAUUACUAUUGGUCGAUAUGGCUGAGGGGGACUUCAAACAUAUAAUCGAGGAAUAUAAUCCGGAAACUAAUGAAUGGAGAACUAUUCAAUCUUUCGCCAAAGAUCAUGGAACAGCAAUUUUGAUUUCUAUAUGAAUUUAUACUUGUAAAUAAAGAAAAAAUGAUUGGAGUAAA